UGGAGCCCGUGGGUGAAGCACUGAGGAAAUGGCUUUGACUCUCGACCUGCUGGGGAAGUGUUCGCUUCCUGGAGCUGGCCCGAAAGAACUUAAAAAAGCAGCGAGUUUCUGGGAGCGAGUCUGAGCCAGUGUCGUUCAGUUCAAGGGCACGAGGAACUCGGAGUGGUUCCGGUACAUGGAUUCCAGGACGGGGAACGAGGAUAGAUGAGCCGUUGACCGGCUUGGAAGAAACGCACUGUCCGUCUGUCUAAAAUCACUUGUAACAACCAAACCAAACACAAUGAAUUCAACGCUGCUUUCCCAGAUCGAAAACCAUUCAAUAGCCCAUAAUUUCUCAGGGAGGAAUUCCCAGCUUUUGGCUUUUGAAGAUGACGACUGUCACCUGCCCCUGGCCAUAAUAUUCACAUUGGCUCUGGCUUAUGGAGCGGUCAUCAUUCUCGGGGUGUCUGGAAACCUGGCCUUGAUCAUAAUCAUCUUGAAACAAAAGGAGCUGAGGAACGUCACCAACAUCCUGAUCGUGAACCUCUCCUUCUCGGACCUGCUCGUGGCCGUCAUGUGCCUCCCCUUCACGUUCGUCUACACGCUGAUGGACCACUGGGUCUUCGGCGAGGCCAUGUGCAAGCUGAACCCUUUCGUGCAGUGCGUCUCCAUCACCGUGUCCAUUCUCUCCCUGGUGCUCAUCGCCGUGGAGCGGCACCAGCUGAUCAUCAACCCGCGCGGGUGGAGGCCGAGUAACAGGCACGCGUACGUGGGCAUCGCCAUCAUCUGGCUCCUCGCCGUGGCGUCUUCGCUGCCCUUCCUCAUCUACCAAGUCCUGACCGACGAGCCCUUCCAAAACGUCUCGCUGGACGCCUUCAAGGACAAGUACGUGUGCUUCGACAGGUUCCCGUCGGACUCGCACAGGCUGGCCUACACCACGGUCCUCUUGGUGCUGCAGUAUUUUGGCCCGCUCUGUUUUAUAUUUAUUUGCUACUUCAAGAUAUACAUACGCUUAAAACGGAGGAACAACAUGAUGGACAAGAUGAGGGACAGCAAGUACCGGUCCAGCGAGACCAAGAGGAUCAACAUCAUGCUGCUGUCCAUUGUGGUGGCCUUCGCCGUGUGCUGGCUGCCGCUCACCAUCUUCAACACCGUGUUCGACUGGAACCACCAGAUCAUCGCCACGUGCAACCACAACCUGCUCUUCCUGCUCUGCCACCUCACCGCCAUGAUCUGCACCUGCGUCAACCCCAUCUUCUACGGCUUCCUCAAUAAGAACUUUCAGAGAGACUUGCAGCUCUUCUUUAACUUCUGCGAUUUCCGGUCUCGGGACGACGACUAUGAGACCAUUGCCAUGUCCACCAUGCACACGGAUGUUUCUAAGACUUCUCUGAAGCAAGCAAGCCCAGUCGCAUUUAAAAAAAUCAACACUGAUGAUAACGAAAAGAUCUGAAACUGUGUGUAGCAUAAGGUCCCAGGUGGCAUCUGUUUAAAAAUAAGCACAACCUGCAGCAAACUUUCAUGGCCCGAAGGACUGGGCUUGAAAUCCUCCGAGAAAGACCAAGAUUUUCUUGUCUUGCUUUCUAGCGCUUUUAGUACAGUGGUUAUGAUUAUGUUUGGAACAAAGGUAUAGGCUUUGGAAUUUCCUGGCUAUCAUUUUGACCAGACUUCCUUGAAGUGCUUUUUGUGAAUUUAUGCAUAUAAUCUACAGACUUUUCUACUGUAUUUAUUGGAAUGAAAUUAAAGUAUUAUCCUUAACCGACUCGGACGCACUAGCCAUCUGAUACUCUCACUAGAUUGGGUC